AUGGCACCCACCAUCCUCGUCAUCGGCGCAACCGGCAACACCGGUCUUGCCUCUCUCCCUUCCGUCCAGGUCCUCGAGUAUGCCUACACCGAAAUCACCACUUCCUGGCUCAUCGAGCACGAAGUACAAAAAGCCUUCGUCGCCACGCACACCGAACCCACGCAUUUCUCAGAAGAAUCGCAAUUUCUGCUCGUGGCCCGCAACGCCGGCGUCAAAUAUAUUGUGCGUAUUAGUACCACCGCCGCGAAUAUUCACGCAGAUACAUUGCCCUAUUACGCACGCAAUCACUGGGCCAUCGAGACUCUUCUUGCUACGCCUGAGUUUUUGGGAUUGAAAUGGACGAGUCUGCAGCCUAAUUCCUUCGCGCAUAUGUUUCUCUAUACCGCGGUGGCUUUCGUCCGCGAAUACCGCGCCACGGGUACGGUGCCUGAGACUCUGGCCAUGGUCGCUGACGAGAACGCGAAGGUGGGGCUUAUCGAUCCAGCUGAUGUUGGUGUCUUUGCCUCAAAAUUGCUCCUUUGUUCCGAUUCGGAAGUGGAGAAACAUAGUGGCAAGAAAUACGUGCUUAAUGGUCCUACAGACAUUACCGGCCGGGAAACCGUAGACUUGGUGGAAAAAUAUCUGGAUGGGAAGAAAGUGAAAGAGGUGAAGUAUAGAGAUCGAGAAAUAAUGGACACGAUAAUUGCGCAAUCGCCAUAUUCGAAAACUCUGCUUAGAAGUUUGAGACAUGAGACGGAGGUGUACUGGAAUGAGAAGUGCACUGCUGCGACGACUAGCAAGGAGGUCUUGGAAUUUGCUGCGCCCAAGGUGACACCAUAA